AAAGAAAAGAAAAGGGAGAGGGUUUAGAAAAAGAGGGGUUUAGAGAGUGAAAAGAGAAAAAUGGGGAAGAAAGAAGGAGACUUGUGGGACGAUUCGGCUCUCAUCAAUGCUUUCGACAACGCCAUGACUACCUACAAGAAAAUGCAUAGCAAGAAACCCAGUCAAGGUUCAACCAUGGAAGAGACACUUGUGAGCAGUCCUGGAGAACAAGUCAUUGCUGCGGCUGACGAAAGCGAGGAGGCGAAAAGAAUACAAGGGGAUAUAGACGACCUGACAAAGGAUAUGCAGAAGACUACUAAAGAAAUGGUAGAGACCAGUAAUCUUUCAGAUUUACCCGACCCAAAUUCACAAGAUUAUAAGCACAUGCAAAACAACUAUUCAUAUUCACAAGGUGGAGAAGAUUAUACAAAGUUACUCAACGAAUAUUAUGAAAUUGAGGAGAAAAGACAGAAGAUUCUAGAGCAACUUCAUCAAUUUGGGGGUGGGAAUUACCAGUACUCUGGCGAAGGUUCAGGGUCUGGUGUACAGUGGGGUACUGUUUCUAGUUAUGAACAAAAUGUAGUCCCUGCUAGCCAACCUUCUAAUCCUGCUGUUGUGGGUUCAUGUUGCCCGUACAUGUGUCCGUGCUUGACGACUUCAUGCACUGCAUGUCCUGCUUGUUCAUCGGAUUGGACAUGUGCUGGUAUAACUUGUACGGAAGGUUGUUUGGCAACAAGUAAUGGGAAACCGUUAUCUCUUGAAGAUGGAAAAAUUGUCAAGACAGCAAUGGGGACUGCAGAAAGAGCACUAUCAUCCAUGAAAAUAAAAGUUACUGGUGAUUCUAGUAUAACUGAAGGUAAGAAUUUCUACUGAACUAGGUAUAUUAUACAGCAUAUGUUCUUUGGUUGAUCAGCACAACUUGAUCCAUGUUCUUUGUUAAAUCUGUUUUCACUUCCCUUGUAUAGCUUAACCAUGUUGCUAAUGUUUUUACUUUCUGCUGUUAAUAGUUUAAUACACACAUAA